UAACCGGUCCAAUUUCCUCCAACCCAAAUAUAACCCGACCCGACCUUUGCAGUUCCCCAACUGUAUUAACCGACUUGGUGAAAUCUGAACCCGCCAAAACAAUGGCGGGAGUAGUGUGUUACGGUUGCACUACAACUGCAACUCCACGGCUUCCUCCGCUCCUGCAGUCGAAGGGAAUCCGCGGCAUCCGGUGCUCCUCCGCCGCACCGGAUAACAACAGAAACAACAACAGCAACAAGAGAGAAACCCCGCAGGUUUUGAAAAUUGCUGUGAGCGGAGUCACUGAGCUGCUCAGGCUCUUCUCCUUCUCCAACAAAGCAUCCAGAUUGAAUGGAGUGAGUGACAAAGAAAGCGAAGAGUUUUCAGUUUCCGGCAUUGAUGAUGUUGUAACGAUUCUCAAAUCUGAUUUCGAGAAUGCGUAUUUUGUAACAGGGAUUUUCACUUCUGCAAUUUAUACUGAAGAUUGUGUCUUUGAAGAUCCAACUAUUAAAUUUCGAGGUAAGGACUUGUAUUCUCGCAACUUGAAAUUGCUUGUUCCUUUCUUUGACUCUCCGUCAAUUGGAUUAGAAAAGAUCGAGCAGGGUAUCGAUGCUGAAGCAAAUUUUGUGCUAGCAACAUGGAAGCUCAGGACAUACCUAAAACUUCCAUGGAGGCCUCUCAUUUGCAUCGAUGGAAGUACGGUCUAUGACUUAGACGAUAAGUUUAAAAUUGUAAGGCACGCUGAAAGUUGGAAUGUCUCUGCAAUUGAGGCAAUUGGCCAGCUGUUCACGCCUACCUAUGGAAGAUCCAAUGACUGAACACGUUGUCGACAUUCGAUUCUGUAGUUCUGAAUUGGCAGACACCAACAUUGUUUGAAGCCCUAUAUCUCGGCGAAACUUAAUAGUAUGAUUAGAUUCUUAGUCUUUUGAUAGUAUUAGACCUUACUUUUACUUGGUACAUAUUGUUUUUGGUAUUUCUUUGACUUGUCCCCCAAUGGAAUGACGUAGGGGGAUCCAUGUAAACAUAGUACCUAUUUAUGCACUCGAACGGCCCCUAUCUUGUUCUGUAUGUGGACUUUUGUAGAAGCAGAAGUUUACAGUUGCGUAUUAUUUACAUCAACCGAAAUUCUGUCUAGUUUUGUAUAGACCUUUCUAAUGCUAAUAUAUACUGGAUGACAUGUGAUUUGGUUGC